AUGAGGAUAUUGAAUGUUGCUGAGAAGCCUUCUGUUGCAAGAUCGAUAUCCUCGAUUUUGUCGAAAGAGAUAAGCGUCCGAAGAGGGCUUCACCAGUACUGCCCGAACAUUCAGUUUGACUAUGGUGACCAGAUGAUCUUUACAAGUGUUCUGGGACAUCUGCUCUCAAGCGACUUUGAGAGGAAGAGCAGGUGGGACGAGAUUGAUCCUGAAAUGCUAUUUACGGAAAGAAUAGUCAAGUUUGUGCAUCCAGACUUUGCAAAGAUCAAGGAGAACAUUGAGAGAGAGGCCUUGAGGAGCGAUAUGGUGGUUAUCUGGACUGACUGUGACAGGGAAGGAGAGAACAUUGGAAGACAGAUAAGAGACAUUGUUCUCAAGGUGAAGAAGAUUGAUGUGAAGCGUGCAAGGUUUUCUGGGAUCACGCUCAAGGACAUAGAGGGGGCGCUGAAAAACCUAGGGGAAAUAAAUGAGGCUGAGGCUGAUGCGGUUGAUGUGCGUAUGGAGCUAGACCUUAGAAUAGGAUCUGCAUUUACAAGGCUGCAGACUCUGUCGCUGGGACUAUCUGGAGAAGAGAAAAAGAUAGUGAGCUUUGGGCCGUGCCAGGUACCUACACUAGGAUUUGUGGUGGAGAGAGCCAAGGAAAGAGAAAGGUUUGUUCCCGAGAUGUUUUGGACACUGAAGUUUAAGGCCAAGAACAAGAAGCUUGAGGAUGAGUUUACGUGGAGAAGAGGAUCUGUCUUUGACAAGAACUGCGUCAUAUGUUUUCACAGAGAACUUGAAGGAGAAAGUGCCAGGAUAGUGUUGAAAGAGAUAAAAGAAAGAACCAAGUACAGGCCUCUGCCACUCAGAACUGUUGAGCUGCAGAAGAAGUGCUCGUCAUACUUUAAGCUGAGCGGGCAUAAGGUCAUGGAGAUUGCUGAGGGGCUCUACAAUAGGGGAUACAUAAGCUACCCUAGAACAGAAACAGAUGUGUUUGACAAGAAGUUUGACUUUAAAUACAUAUUAAAUAAGCUAAGCAGGGACUCAAAGGUCGGGGAGUAUGCCGAAAGGCUGGCGAGGGGGUUUAAUUAUCCCAGAAAUGGAAAGAACAACGACAUGGCGCAUCUUCCAAUAUACCCGCUAAAGGAAGGGACUGGGCUUUCCGGGGGAGACAGGGACAUCUAUGAUUUUAUAUGCAGAAGAUUUCUUGGGUGCAUAUCAAAGGAUGCCAAAGGCCUUGAGACGCGGUAUGAGCUGAAGAUAGGGAUGGAGGUGUUUGACCUGAAUGGAAUAAGGGUGGUUGAAAGGAAUUACCUUGAGGUGUAUUACUAUGACAAAUGGGAUAACAGGGAGGUUAGCGACUUUGCAAUGGAGGAGCUAGUUCCCGGGGAUCUUUAUAUUUCUGAGGGGGAGACGACUGCGCCGAAGUAUCUUAGCGAGGCUGAGCUUAUAAGUCUUAUGGACAAAAACGGAAUAGGAACGGAUGCAACAAUACAUGAGCAUAUCCAAAAGAUCCAGGAGAGGGGGUAUGCCACCAAGGUUGGAGAGGAGAUAAGGCCUUUGGGGCUUGGAACAGCUCUUAUUGAUGGAUAUGAAAGGUUUGGACUGAAUGUUAGCAAACCUGAGCUUCGGAAGAGUCUGGAGAUCAAUCUGAAAAGAAUAUGCCAUGGAGAGAUAGAUGGAAAACGGGUUGUGUAUGAAGGGAUUCUAGCCUAUAGAGAUAUAUACACUCUCCUCAAAAGAAACAUAAAGGAGUUUGUUGGGAUUCUCAGGAAGGGUAUUGGGGAGGAUGUAGGCCGAUUGAAUCCAUUGGGAGGUAGAAAGUCAAGGAAGGAUACGUCAAGGACCAGAGGUGUGGAGGAGAGUAGAAGCAGUGGGACGAAGAGUAACGGCAACAAAGACGGAGGCAUAAGAAAGAUGGAGUGUGACUGCAAGGUAGAGGCUAAGGUUCUAAAAGUGAAGAAGGGGGAUAAUGUUGGGAGGGAGUUCUACUGCUGCGGCAAGAUACCAAAGAGCUGCUAUUUCUUCCAAUGGUGUGAAUGUGAGAAAGCUGGAGAAGACAAGGAGAUAAAGUGCUUUUGUGGGUUUGAACCCCAGCUGCUUGUUGCAAAUACGGAAAGUAAUAGAGGAAGGAAGUUUUAUAAGUGCAAGAAGGCGUACAAGCCUUGCAAGUUCUUUCAGUGGGAGGGCUGA